AUGAGUCACAACAGGCUUGAUGGAAAAUCAGGACAACAAUCAGGACAACAAUUAGGACAACAGACAGCAAGCAUAGAAGAAGAGUUAAACCCAACCCAAGGUAAUUAUCUGCUUACUCCAAUAAUUAAUAACAGGUUAAUAAGCAACCCAGAAGUGCAGAGGUGA